AUGUCGAGCGGCGACGGGGAUCAGCUUGUGGUUCCGAAGUUUGGGUCGUUUAAAUCAAAAGAGAGCAAAGAGAAACCCAAAGACCCAAGUGAUAGCCGCAAGAGAGACUCUCGCGGUGACAGGAAGAAGCGCUCUCAUCACGAUGACAGGCAUGAGCGCCACCGCCAUGACGGCAGCAGAGAGUCUAAACGACGAAGAGAGCGCCCUCGGUCCCGUGAGCGCGAACGCAACGCAGAGAAGAGGCCCGUGGAGGAUAAGCCGUCCUCGCACGCAUCAGGACCAGAACUGUUCGUAGUCGACACCAAGGGCGAUCCGCUAAUACGAAGAUAUGGGACCCUGGACAGGUCGCAGGUACCUGCCUAUUAUCGCCAUGGUCGUGGGCGAGUAUUGGGUACAUCUGGUUGGCUAGUGAUAUACCAUGAUGGCCCCAAUGAUACCUUCGGCCUGCGCAUGCCCGGACAGGGUCCGCCACGAUUCAGAGACCGAGACGGGCUCCGCUCGAAGCGGCCGCUGGCUCACGCACAUCCCAUUCCGCUGAGGAAGCGCCGAGGAGCGACAGCCGGAGAGAACGACGCAGACGAAGGAUUCUUGUCUUUGAAGAGUUCAAAGAAGCAAGUUCAAAAAGACGGUUCUUCUGAUAGCGAACAAGAGCCCUCGUAUCGAUCGAUAGAGGGCAAAGCCAAACCAAAGGACUACGACAGCGGCAUGGACUCGGACUCGGAUGCCGCGUCGAGCGAGGUAGAUGGUGUAGAGACGAGCAACCCCCUUCAGUGGAAAUCUAUACAGCUCAACCGCCGCGUCAAGGAGAAUCCCGAAGAUAUAGACUCCUGGCUGGAAUUGGUAGAGCACCAAGACGAGCUGCUGCGCGCCAGCUCCGCAGAGGGCACGGCUCCGGAUAACGAGUCGCACAGCUACAUAGAAAUCAAAGUGUCCAUACUGGAAAAGGCGCUGCCUAAUGUACGGGAUGCCGUGGACCGAGAGCGUAUUCUCGUGCCGUUGAUGCGCGAGGGUGUCAAGAUCUGGAGCACCAAGAUCGCGACCAAGCGAUGGGCUGAGCUGGGCGGUCGAGCGGACUCGCAUGCCCUGUGGCGGGUACGGCUCGAGUUUGCCAUGACGAGCAUUACCGGGUUUGACUAUACCAGUGUCAAGGCGAUGCUUCUCGAACGACUGCGACAUGUCCUGUCACUGGGGAAGGACGACACACGAGCAUACCUGGAGGUGACGGAGGUGUUUCUGCUGGCCACCAGAUUUGUACACGAUGCUGGCUACAAGGAGCUAGCAGUCGCGGCCUGGCAGGCUACUCUGGAGCUUACCUUUUUUCGGCCCGAGGAGGCCCAUGCUGCUGCUGUGCAUGAUUCUGUGCCGGACUCGUUUCAGGAGUUUUGGGAGAGCGAGGUGCCGCGCAUCGGUGAGGCGGGUGCGUCUGGAUGGAAGCACUAUGUGGCUGCGGAUGGACAGGAGGAGCCGCCAGAGCCUGCACAAUCUCGUAUAGCGGCGGCCCGGUCGCGGAAUGCCUUUGAGGCUUGGCCCCAGCUCGAGGUUGCCCAUGCAGAUGCGGCCAAGCUGCCCGCAAGGACAAUGGACGAAGGUACAGAGGAUGACCCGUUUCGGGUCGUGACCUACACCGACAUUGAGCCAUUCCUGUUCAUGGUCCCGCAGCCUCUUGUCUCGAGCAUAAGCACCUCGCUUUUGGAUGCGUUUCUCAUUUUUUGCGGCUUGCCACCUGCUUCAUCCAGCCCCUGGGCCAGAACGCUGUACAGAGACCAGCUCCUCGCUCCUGCGGGGAGCAACAUAUCCAGCGUGGACAUUAACGAUGCAAAGCCAGAGCUGCAGGAAGACGAUUCAAUUGUGCGCCGCCCGCCGCUCUUCCAUCGGCCCUACAGCGCCUUUGCGAUAUCUUCCGCGCUGCUGUUUCCUGGACAGAACUGGUUUCCGUAUCUGCAGUCCCAACUGCAGAGCACACUGGUGGAUGGCGGCUGGCUGGAGACUACGCUCGGCCAAUUGAUCUUUUCGGCUGGGUGCAGAGACGUGGCGGAAUAUUACCUGGCCUUUGCGUUUGCGCGGGAUGCGUCGUCUUUGAAGAAGACGGCCAAGAAGCUACUGAAGCAAAGUCCAGACGAUGCCGCACUCUAUAACGCGUAUGCGCUCGCGGAGCAUGCGAGAGGAAACAGCGACGUGGCGGCAAACGUCCUCGAGUCAGCAUUAGCGUCUUCGUUGCUUGCCCAACAAAGUAGUCGCUUUCGACUGCACCAUACUGCGGCAUGGAUGGCACUCGUAAAUGGAAAUCUCGACUCUUCCAAGCGGGCUCUCUGCGCCGUCGGUGCCGCACAAGCAGAGAUGUCGUUUGCCGAUGUGCUUAAAGCCAGCUCUGCGUUUUCGGGCAGCAUGGCGGAGUCAUUGUCCAUGGGUGACAUGGAGUCCGCGGAAACAGCAGCCGAAUGUACCGUGCUACACAGCUACUUGACCAGCAGCGAAGCAUCCGAGCCCAUGUCACUCUCACAAGGCAAUAUAUCCGCGGCUAUGCAGACAUUGGACUCUGCAGUCCAACAACUCUCGCUGCGCGGACACGGCAGCUCUCCCGCCUGCGAGCGUCUCGUCCAGUUUGGCGCCCAUCUCCUAUACCUCCACGCUACAAAAGGGCCCCAUCGGAGGGUCUACAUUCGAGACCAAGCACGCACGCAUCUGCGGAGCUUCCCCGCCAACGCCAUCCUGCUGUCGGUGUUCGAGUGGUCCGACGCCGGCAUGCGCAUCGUCGACGAGACGCGCCAGCUGCUGCGCGACACGACGCUGCGGCGGCCCGCGGCGGACUGCGUGGGCAGCCGGCUCUUUGCCAUCCAGCACGAGCUCGGCCGGGGCAACGCGCACACGGCCAAGGCGGCGUUUGAGCAGGCCGUCCGCAGCGACGCCUGCCGGUCCAGCGUGGCGCUCUGGGUGUGGUACAUUCGGUUCGCGCACGCGCACAGGAAGCAGCUGCGUGGUGGCGGCAAGGGAGCGGUGGAUGUGUUUUAUCGGGCGCUGCGCCACUGUCCCUGGGCAAAGACGGUCUUUCUGGAGGCGUUUGAGACGCUUGCGAGGGACAUGGCGGAGGAUGAGCUGCGGUCUGCGUAUGGCAUGAUGACGGCAAAGGGACUAAGGGUACACGUUGAGCUGGAUGAGGCUGUGGGGAGUCGGGGCAGGGUUGGCGAGGGCACAGGGUAA